AUGCCCGAAGUCCUUUCUGCGCCGCGAAGAAAUGGCAGUGGCGACGGCGGUGCCGCGGAAAGUCUGCAAGGGAAAGUGUCUGUUGAGACAAUGGGAGAUCGUGUAGUUCGUACAAAGCCACAGGACGGCUACGUACCGCCGAAAUCAUCCAAAGGCCGGUCCGGUGAGGACUCGUAUGCCCUCGUCGCGGCUUUUGUUGCAGAGUUUAUGUCUGAUCUGCCGGACGAAAUAAUCAGAUCGGUAACAGAGGCAGUGGUUAGCGUGGUCAGAGACGAGGAUUUAACCGAGCAGGUCAAAAUAACCGAGCUGGAAGACCUACUCGACACAAAGCUAUCUACCGAGAAAUACAACUCAUUGCUGAACAUUGUACGCAGAAUUCCGCUAGAAACAGAUGUUGAAAUUGAAGAACAAGACGUCGCAGUCACCUUCGAUGAUGGAAUGGAUUUCGAGACCGAAUCUGAGGACGACGAUGACAGUGAGGCCUCUGAACUGCCCCCAAUGCCUGCCCCAGAAAUCGCAGUAGACCGCGAUUGGCUGGCAAACUUUAUUGAACCGACGGGGAAAACCGUGAGACAAGUUCUAGCUGCUCUGGAAGCGCCCCCAAACCAGCAAGAAAACGAACUGCUGGAACUCUUUGAAUUUGAGCACCUCGAUAUCGUCAAAGUUCUUGUGCUCAACCGAGACCGCGUGCUAUGGCUCACAAGACUGCAUAUGGCCGAAACAGGACCCGACCGUGACCAGGUACUGACUGAAAUGGAGACAGCUGGAAUGUCUCAUUUGCUAGACCAGGCUAUGCAGCAGGAUCAACCGGCCAUUGUUGAUCUAGAGCUAUUAGAAAUGGAUGCAAAGAAAAUUCAUGCACCAAAAGUCAUAUUGCCAGAAGGUUCAGAACGUGUAAGUGUCCGAUCUUAUGAACAAUAUACUAUUCCUUAUUCUCAGGAUAGACCGGACCCCGUCACGCUUAUAGAUGUGGACUCGCUUCCGAAAUGGAUGCAACCGGCAUUCACUAUUAAAACUUUGAACAACGUUCAGUCUACAGUCUGCGAUUUUGCCUUGAAUUCCGAUGGGAACCUUUUGGUAUGUGCACCCACCGGUGCUGGCAAAACAACAAUCGCGCUGUUGGCUAUGCUGUCGUGCAUCGCCAACUAUCGCAAAAACGACACAAUUGACUUGAGUGCUUUCAAAAUGGUUUAUAUUUCACCCCUUAAAGCGCUUGUUCAGGAGCAGGUUCGCGAGUUUUCUAAACGCUUGGCCCCGUUUGGUAUUUCCGUUGCCGAGCUGAGCGGUGACCAAACGUUAUCGCAUGAUCAACUUGCAAACACACAACUUAUUAUUGCAACACCUGAAAAGUGGGAUGUCGUCACUCGAAAGACAACCGAUAUCAGCUACACCGCCUUGACUCGUUUACUUGUCAUUGAUGAAAUCCAUCUUCUACAUGACCCUCGUGGUCCUGCGUUGGAGAGUAUUGUCGCGAGAUCUUUAAAGUUUUCGCAAGAUACUCUUCAACCUCUUCGUCUGGUUGGUCUUUCUGCCACGCUUCCAAACUAUAAGGAUGUCGCUCACUUUUUGCAAGCAGAUAAGGGAGUAUUUUCGUUUGAUUCCCGUUACAGACCCUGUCCACUUACUCAAAUAUUUAUUGGUAUCACCGAAAAAAAACCGUUCAAAGCUUUGACAGCUAUGAAUGAUGCUUGCUGGGACAAAGUACAGGAAUAUGCUGCUGAACAACACCAAAUGAUCGUAUUUGUUCAUUCUCGUAAAGAUACGUUCAAAACAGCGCAGUUCUUGUUGGACCGUUCCCUAGAAGAAUCCAAGCAAGGGCUGUUCAAGGCAAACCAGAAACCUGAUUGCGACAACCCAGUAUUAGCAGACCUGGUAACUCAAGGACUUGCUGUUCAUCAUGCAGGAUUGUCUCGCAAAGAUAGAACAACCGUUGAAACUCUGUUCGCUGAGCGCAAGAUCACGGUCUUGGUUUCAACAGCCACCCUGGCUUGGGGAAUUAACUUGCCAGCCCAUGCGGUAAUAAUUAAAGGAACUCAAGUUUAUAACCCCCAAGCAGGCUCAUGGCAAGAGCUACAACCCCAAGACGUUUUACAAAUGCUAGGCCGUGCGGGUAGACCUGGAUUCGACAGAUUCGGCGAAGGUGUGGUUAUCACCCAGCAUGCUAUGCUUAAUUAUUAUUUGGGUAUUUCGACAGCGAAUCUACCAAUCGAAAGUCGGCUUAUUUCCAGAAUCUCAGAUAUGAUCAAUGCAGAGGUGGCCUUAGGAUCCAUUAAAAAGGUGGAAGAUGCGGUCGAAUGGCUUGGGCGAACAUAUUACUAUAUACGCAUGCUUCGCGACCGAGUGGACUACCGGGUGGGUCCCGAGUAUGACGAUGAUGAGUUUUUGGUUCAAAGACGCCGUGAUCUGGCUCACACGGCCUUAUCAAUUUUGAGAAAAGACGGACUAAUUACAUACGACGGUAAUGACGUCAAAAUCACCAAGCUCGGCAGGAUUUCAGCCGACUUCUACAUCACUCCUGAUUCGAUGGCUACGUACGGUGAACAAUUGAAAUCUUAUUUGGACAUCAUUGAUAUUAUGAGAGUAUUUUCUCGCUCGUCGGAGUUCAAAUACAUCCCAGUUCGCAUUGAAGAGCGUGUAGAGUUGAAUCGACUCGUCAACCUGGUUCCGAUUCCGGUAAAAGAGCCCCCGACAGAGCCUGUAGCGAAGAUGAAUGUCCUUCUCCAGGCCUACAUUUGUAGGCUUUCGCUUUCUGGAUUCGCGCUUGCAUCGGAUAUGAUAUAUGUGGUUCAAUCUGCGUCGCGUCUGAUAAGAGCUAUGUUUGAAAUUGCUGUUGCUAAUAAAUGGGCCCAGCUCGCUCGCAAACUUUUGGACUUGUUCAAAAUGGUGGACAGAAGAAUGUGGCUCACAUCUACGCCAUUCAGACAGUUUCCCACUUGUCCUGUGGAGGUAAUUCGAAAGACCGAGGCAUCGAUGCUCCCGUGGGAGCGUUACUUUGACCUGGAUACUCCUGCUGAGUUGGGCCAGGCAAUUAGAAGUCCGCGAGAUGGUGAACUUGUGCUAAGCCUUCUUCAUCAAUUCCCCAGGUUUUCGAUCGAAGCCCAAGCUCAACCACUGACACAUACUAUGGUCCGUGUUAAUGUCGAAAUUACUCCAACAUUUGACUGGAACAGCGAGCUUCAUAAUAAAGCUGAGAGGUUUUGGUUGGCGGUGGAUGACGGACAAGACAAUCUUUUGUACUCUGAGUGGUAUAUCUGCCGGGAAAACACGGAAACACAAACAGCAUCCCUGCCAAUAAUAAUGAAUUCUCCACUCCCAGCUAAUUUAUUUGUUUCUUUGAUCAGCGAUCGAUGGUUACACAGUGAGUCAACAGCGGUGGUUAGCUUGCGGCAUGCUUCGAUGCCCCGGAAAUUUUUGGCACCAUUGGUGGUUGAAAAAGAGCAGGUUCGCGCUGUGCUGCUAGAAACCGACGAGAAUGUUUAUGUCGGUCAAAUGAAUCAUUGGCAGGAAUAUGUGAAGAUGGUUUAUGACAGGCAUAGAGAUGAACCAGGUACCAUACUAGUUCUAUUUCCGCAGCGUGGUCAAACUGAAAUUGCCCGGAAACUAUUGGAUGGGGAGGUUUUGACCGAUGACCUUUCUGUUUUUGCUCAAAAUAAAAUGCUGCUAGCUUGGGUCGGUGAUUUCGAACGGUUAACUAGACGAUGGAGACGCAGGAGAGCUUUACACAUUAUCAACGUGCUCGUGUGUGUGGAUCUUCAUACCAUUGGUGGCCACUAUGGAUUCCUCUACGAGCUUUGUAUUCUGCGAAUCGGGUAUAUGUCCACGCAGCUUGAAAAACCCUUACGUGUUGUAGGUGUUGGACUUCCUGUUGCUCCGAUUGAGCUUGGAGCCUGGCUGGGAGCUUCAAAAGGGAACAUAUUCAGUGUUUCUUCAAAACUGAACUGGGAGAUCAAAUCAGUCAUUCCUAGACCUUACAAGUCCCAGAUGCUUGUGCUGGCUCGUCCAGUUUUAGAGGAGGUCAAGGUUGCGCUAGAAUCUGGCAAAUCAGUAGUGGUGUGGGUUUCCGACCAUAGUCAGGUUCGCCGAACAUUGAAGGAUCUUCUACGCUUGGCUGCUGCGGCUCAGUUCAACUUGCCUGUUCCUACUGAUUCGGAAGAGAGCAAAUUCUUGAUCUUACCACAGGAAUCUCUUGAAAAAGUGCAAUGCGAUGUUAGCAUCAUCAUGAAUACAGAGAAAUAUGAUGCUAAUGAGGACAGAUAUGCACCUUAUACUGCAGCCCGUGUUGUCGAGAUGGUCGCAAGCGGAAGCCAGGCUACUGUUUACACACCUUUAACUUACCGCGAUUACUAUACCAAAUUCCUCUCGGAACCACUGCCUGUGGAAAGCCAUGUACAGUUUGCUUUGGCUGACAGCUUUGCAGUGGAGAUCAGUGAGGAAAUCAUUCAGUCGGCUGCUGAUGCGAUCGAUUGGUUGACCUACACUUAUAUGUUCACGAGGCUCAAGGCGAACCCGACCUACUACGGGGUUAAGAGUGUGUCUGAAGAUGAUGUCAAUGAGUUCUUGAGUGAACUUGUCGAGUCAAACUUUGAGGAACUGAGCGAGGCAGAUGCUAUCGAUGUUGAUGGCGAUGAAAUGGCUGUUAGUCCGAGGAAUGGUGCAUUUAUCGCUGCACACUAUGCAUUAUCUACGCAAACUUUGGCGAUUUUGUCCAAGCUGGGCAGUAAGUUCCGGUUGCGGACACUACUUGAGCAACUUUGCUCUGCUGGAGAGAUGGAAGCUGUGCCGCUUCAUGGUGGUGACGAUAUAAUCCUCAACACGCUUUCCCACCAGCUUCCUUUACAGUUCAGUGAUGCAAGUUUGACGCCGAAUGCCAAGGCGUUUUACCUUAUCCAAGCGCACCUUUCGCGCGUCCAGUUACCGAGCUCGCAAGCUUCUGAUCUUCUCGAGGCUCUAGACGUUGUGUUACGCUUGAUUAAAGCUACAAUUGACGUUCUUGCGGGCGAUGGAUACCUUUCGGUCCUUACUGCUUUGGAUCUGCAUCAGAUGGUAACUCAAGGAAUGUGGGCGAAGGAGUCACCGCUUUUGCAGCUACCUCAUGUAACACGGGAUAUCAUUGAUCGUUGCAAAGACCAUGAUAUAUUGGGUAUUCAUGAUUUUAUGGCUAUAGAGGAUGAUGAUUUACGUUUGGAAGUGCUCGGUAUGAAAGAAGGUGACGAACGGCUAGUUGACAUCGCCAACUUUGUCAAUCGUUACCCAAGCGUUGAUUUAACUGCCAAGCCAGAUGGGGCCGUUAUACCAGGAGAACCAGCUCACAUGCUAGUUGUGGUUGAGCGUGACGUGGACGAAGAUACGCAAGUUAUUGGAAAGCUGCCCUGGAACACGCGAGAAAGCUGGUACAUUAUUAUCGGCAACCCCCACACAAAGGAGCUCUAUGGGUUCAAGAAGACCCAGCUAGUCGAGGAAGAACAAACGAUAUCAGUUGAGUUCACUAUCCCUGAGGCUACCGCGUCUGUCACUGUAUGGUGUGCGUGCGAUAGCUAUAUCGAUGCGGACAAGCAAGUUAUAGUUGACCUGUAA